CGCCACUAAUUAAUUGCAGCUGUAGGCAACAGCAACAGAGCUUACAAGCACCAGCGAGGAACGUCGAGGCACGCACGUGGGCUCGCAGCCUCUCUUCUCCUCUCCUCUCCUCCCCCAGCGCCGUUCACCACCGGCGGUCUAGAUCCGAGAAGGACAAGCGGGGUUCCAACUGCGGGGAGUCGCAGCAGCAGCAGCAACAGCAGCGUGCGGAAGCUCUCGCGUCUGGGCGGAGGGACGCGCGCGCGAUGGCCGCGGGCCGCGGGUUCUUGCUGCUCCUCUUCACCGCCGCCGUCCUGGCCGGGCUCGCCUCCGCGUCCCCGUUCAUCUCCGACAGCGUGUUCCAGGGGAGCGCCGGAUCUACGGGGAGGAGCUUGCUGCAGGCCAAGAAGAGUUGCCCGAUGAACUUUGAGUUCCAAAACUACACAAUCAUCACAAGCCAGUGCAAAGGGCCGAAAUUUCCUGCUAAGGAGUGCUGCGGCUCUUUCAAAGAAUUUGCAUGCCCGUUUAAUACGUACAUCAAUGACGAGAGCAAUGACUGUGCGUCGACAAUGUUCAGCUACAUCAACCUCUAUGGCAAGUACCCACCAGGCCUGUUUGCCCAUGAGUGCAGAGAAGGCAAGGAAGGGCUUUCUUGCGACGGAGUCCCCCAGCGAGAGGUUGUUGCUAGUAGUGGCCAAAGGCAAGGAAGGGCUUUCUUGCUUGCUUUGAUUACUCUCGUGUGUGUAUCAUUGCUGUUCCACUGAGUGAUGAUAAUACCACUAUUUCUCCGAAGGUUUGUUAAGUGAUGAUGAGGCUAUGAAUACGCCUGCUGCUCCUCAACGGGAUCUUGACAUCUUCCUUGUUGUAAAAUCGCUUGUAAUUUUAAUUUAUGUCCAGUUGCAUAUUCUUUGGAGUCUCAGCUGAUUGCCAACUUAGAAUUCACCCAUUUUCCGUUGUAUUGUACCUCUUACACUAUAUUAUGUCUCACUCACGUGUAUAAUGGUAUCUAUUUUGUUUGGUCAUAGAAAGGAGUUUGUUAUACAUCA